UCAAUGAUCUAUCAAAUUCUCAGCCAACAUUCUUAGAGAAAACUGUGUUUGAGUUAGAUCAUGGCAGCCUAUGCAGCCUUACUUUCUCUAAUGCAACUUAUAGAUGAUAUCCAACACCAUCACUCCCCACCCAUCUCUCUCCGCCAAAACCAAAUUCAAUCCCUCACUGAAAAUGCUCUCUUCCUGCAAGAAUUUCUCAAAGAUUACAUGCCACCUGUUUCUGACAGCGAUGAGGUAGAUCCAUUGGAGAUGCGUAUCGCUGAUGCAGCUUAUGCGGCUGAAGAUGCUAUCGAAUCCCAUAUAGUUGACAAGAUUCAGCACAGUAGAUCCAUAGCCACCAAAAUCAAAAGCUUCUUCAAUUGGUUUCUGAGAAAUGUCUCUGCAAACCACAGUGAUGAUAAUGAUGAACGAAUCGAGUUGUAUCGGGAGGUAGAAAACGUGAUAGAAGAAAUGGAUCUGAUCAAGAGAGUGGCGUUGGAGACCAACACAGAGAAGGUGGUGGUGCUCCGUGAUCAACCACGUAGAUUCGUCCCUUCUUCUAGUAUGAAGAAAAGUGGUGGCAUGAUGGUGUUCUCUGAUCAUGUCUUGCGUGGAAUCAUGGAAAAGCUCAUAUCAUAUGAAUCCGGUCGCCAAGUCAUCCCCAUAACAGGUAUGGGCGGAAUUGAUCACCUUUCCUCCAACCCUCAAGAGUUUGACUCUUGAGAUGAUGAGUAGCUUUGAAUGGGGAACGAUGUUGGAAACGAUGGCUUCGUUGCCCCUUCUUGAGAAGCUCAAGUUGUUCCGUGGAUGUUUUGGAACUGGUAAGUGGGAAAUCUCUGAAGGCCAAUUCCCUUGCCUCAAAUACUUGGAAUUGCGUGAAUGUGAUGGUCUGAAAAAUUGGACAGCAGAAGCAAGCACCAUCUUUCCACGCCUUGAGAAGCUGCAUUUAACUCGAAUGGAAGAGUUGGAGAAUAUUCCGUCUGAAAUUGGAUACAUAUCGACUCUCCAAAAUAUAUCGCUAUACAGUUGUGGAGAAUCAGCGAUAAAAUCUGUGAAAGAGAUAGUAGAGGAACAAAUGGAUUCACAAGGUGAUCUUUAUUUAUUGUUCACAUUGCGCUUUCGUCUUCUUAUAACGAAGAAGAAUUAGCAAUGUUGAAAGAGAUGCAGAGAUUGUACGGUCCCAAUAUUGAGUUCAGGAUUUCAUUUUUCUAAAUAUUGAGUUCGUGGUUCUUAUAUUUUUGUAAUAUGUUGCAUUUUCUCAUGUUAAUGGACUCCAUGUUUAUGCAUAAUGAUAUCUGCAGGAUUAUCCAGUACAUAUAUAUACAUAUUUGUAAUUUGUUGAUUCA